AUGGUGCAGAUGCUCAUCUUCUUUGUGUGCAUGGCCAUGCUUGGGGUCGUCCGGGCGAUUCCGGUCGACAACGGUGUUGAAGGAGAGCCUGAGAUCGAAUGCGGGCCCUCUUCGAUCACAGUGAACUUCAACACGAGGAAUGCGUUCGAGGGUCAUGUAUAUGUGAAAGGUUUAUAUGAUCAAGCCGCCUGCAGAAACGACGAAGGUGGCCGACAAGUGGCUGGCAUCGAAUUGCCCUUCGACCAGUGCAAUACUGCUAGGACUAGGUCGCUUAACCCUCGUGGAGUUUUCGUCUCGACCACCGUAGUGAUCUCAUUCCAUCCUCAAUUUGUUACCAAAGUCGAUCGAGCCUAUAAAAUCCAAUGCUUCUACACCAUGGAGCUGACACGACUCUCUGAGUUGACCACCGCCUUCCAGACCCAGGUUGUACCAAUGCCUGUGUACCACAAAUGGACUUGCGAUUCGGAGACGACCGACACCUUCUGCGCCGUUGUUCACUCUUGUACCGUCGAUGAUGGCAACGGUGACACUGUACAAAUCCUUAAUGAAGAAGGCUGCGCUCUCGAUAAAUUCCUGCUCAAUAAUUUGGAAUAUCCGACGGAUCUGAUGGCUGGCCAGGAGGCUCACGUCUAUAAAUAUGCCGAUAGGUCACAGCUGUUCUACCAAUGUCAAAUUAGCAUCACAAUCAAGGAGCCGAAUACUGAGUGCCCACGUCCACAGUGUCCAGAGCCUCAAGGAUUUGGUGCAACUAAGGUAAUGCUGAAAUUUGAAAGUUUUUAUAUUGGAGCCACAGGA